GCCUCUAUUUGUGCAACUUUUCCUCUGUUUACGAUUUCAAAUGUAUACCUUUAAACCAAAUCGAUCGUUUAUUUAAAACCCUACCUUUUACCUCGGAUUCGACUAAAUCUGAAGAAACUAAGUUUUUAAAAUUCUCGAGUUUGGAGAGUUUUGUAAGUGAAUCAGAUGAAACUGUGACUUCUUUUGAAGUGGUAUUAAAAAAUGGCAAGGUGUGGCAGUACAGUGCUUCUGACUGGUUUACCUGUGAAACUUGGCUAAGCAAGCUCAGUGUUCUCCUUAAAGAGGCAGGAACGCUUCAAACCGUAAAAUACAUCAACAUUAACUCUGUGACUGUCCUCAACCCUGUGGAAAACGAAGGUGAGGAAGAAAUCUUGGCUGCCUCUUUCGUUCCUUGGGGUUCUUGUAUUCUUUUAAAAUUACGGCCACAAAGCAAAAUAAGAGUGUGGCUUAGCAACAACACAGUGCACUCUUUAAUUCUUAAAUCCGAUAACGAACUCUUGCUUGAAAAAGUGUACGCCGUUAUAGGGAAUGGCCUAUUAAAGCCACUUACGUCUUUUGACUCAGAGGCUAAAGAUAAUAACUCCGAGCAUCGAGCUGCCCUUUCCUCCUCCCAUAAUUUCAGACAGGGGCUUAAAAAAAUACAUUCGUGCAUGAAGUUUUCUAAAAAGAAAAGCAUUCCUCCCUUACAUCUGCCAGUGAAGUCGCGUCGCAAACGGGACUUUCCAUUGAGUGCACUAUCGAGCGACUGAGGUCCGCAACUUUCCGUGUCACGUGGUUUUCUCCCGAAGCAUGGCGGCAUUGGAGUUCCCUGCUGUGGUUGUUGUGCGCGUGUGCAGGCGUUUUGCUGGUGCUCUGCCUCUUGUGGCGCUACGCUGCUCAAACAUUCUCUGCUAGCUUGAGUGGUGCUUGCCUCACGCUCGCUGGGUGCGCACUCUUCCAGUGGUGGAUGAACUCGAGCGGUCUUUGUUGCUAUGAGGGCCGCUUUGGACGUUUCUACCAGUUAGUAGCCAGCUACCUCCCAUUCGGCCUAAGACGCGUUGAAGAAGAAACGAUGGUAAGGAGUGAAGUAGCGAAGGGUGAGGUGGUUUACAAGUUCCAUUUUGAGCGACUUUUAAGAAGACAAGUUUCUGGAGGGGAAUCUAAUAAAGGUAGAGCCUCCAAAUGGAAAGUGUUGCAGCAGGUCUUUGACGACACCGUUAUUGAGCCGGAGGAUCUGAGUUACGAGCAAAAGGAGAUGGUGGCCUCGUUCGUCGAUGAGGUGAACCGCUUUCAUCAGGAGAAUGGUCAUCAAGAUGAACUUCUUCCAGCGAGUUUUUUCCGCAUGCGUCAGAACUCAAACAACGGAAGUCCCACUUCCAGAGCCACUUUAUUGUGUCCUUCAAUUAGUGCUGUGACGGCAUUGCGGUUCUUAAAAGCCCGAUCUUUCAACUACGCGGUAGCUCUAAAUCUAUAUAAGGAAAACUAUUCAAUAAGACAAACAUUAAAAAAGAAAGUUAAAGUCGAAGAUAUAUUGAAGUUUGUCCGGAUGGGAUGCAUCCACUUUAACGGGCUUGCUAAAGACAAGACUAUGUGCUUAGUUGCAGAUGUUUCCCGUUUUAUUCCUCGUCAAACAGACUCUACUACUAUUGCUUUUUUGUUAACGUUCGCCACCGAUUUGGUUUCCUAUUGCAUACCUAGUGAGAAAGUUACUGUGUUGGUUGAUUGCAGUAAUUUUAGUAUAUUUAAAAAUGUAGAGUACCAGAUGAUCCCAGCCAUAAUUCCUAUUGUAAAUGUUUGCAUGCCCGAGAUUCUUGCUAGAGUGUUUCUUUUAAAUACGCCAUACGCUAUGAGGAAAGUGUGGAAUUUUAUUAAAGGGAGUUUGGGUCCUAAAACGGUUGAGAAAAUACAUUUUUUGGAAAAGGACGAAUCGGAUAAGAUUUUCGAGUUUGUGGAUAAAGGCAACCUCGAAAAAAAGUUUGGAGGAUCUUUAGAAACCGAUUUCUCAGAAGCUGCUCAGGCAUCCACCCUAGAUAAUUUAGUUCUUGGGUCUAUCGAGGCAGUUAGUUAUAAAGAAUUUCCCGUGCAAGAGUAUCUUAGAUACGUUGGUGAAAGACUUGCUCUCAAAUCUAACAGUAGCAAUAACAGUUUUACUAAUAAUCAAUAAUAAUCAGU